UCAUAAUAAUGCACAUACACAGAUUAUCCAUAUCCAUUGAUAGUGUCAUACCCCACUAAGUGAAAAGCUUGCUCUUUAAGCAUUUACCAUUGCGAGAUUGGCAGUAUAUAAUGGCACCAUCUCCUCUGAGAAGCACAACAGAACGUGUGUUCCUCAAAAGUGUGUUGGAGUUCGGCAUCUCUCGGUAUUAGCAGAAAUGGCUAAAUACUUCACUUUGUGCUUCCUCCUCCUUUUGCUCGUGUUCCCGUGUGAUGAGAAAAGGGUUCCCUUAGCAGAAGCAAAAGCUUGCUACAAAGUUUGGACCUGCAAAGGCGGCGACAGAUGCUGGGAGGAUUGCAGGAACCGGUUCAAUGGACGAGGCAUGUGUGAUCUUUAUACCGCGCCUCCUGUUCCAAAGCAAUGUUUCUGUGCUUACAAGUGCUGAAUUCCGAAAUGUAUUGGACAGCAGUACAAUCACUUGUGUCUAAGCAAAAGGGUUGGUGUGUCCAAUUUGUAUUAGACAGCAGUGCAUAUGUAAAAGAGUUGGUGCGUUUCAACUUCUCAAGUCCUGAAAUGCUUCAUUGCCAUCUUGUUUUUGUGUCUUGUUCACCCACUUGGGGAUAAAUGUAGGAAUGAUGAAUUUCUUCCAAGU